AAAAGGCAUGACCAUUCUACUGUGGCAUCAGCUGACAAGUAUCAGUUGAUCUUUUGAUAACCUCAACGUAAUCGUUGGAGGCUCACGUACACCUAAAGGAUAAGUCUGAAUGAUAUCAAUAUUUAUCAUCUCACCAGUUUGGCCGAACUGAGUGUCGCCAAAUUAAUACAGCAAGACGAACAGAUUUAUUAUUCUAUCGUAUGAGUCCACGUUCAAAACAUGUCUACUUCAGAAGAGGUGACGGAAAAUCUGACAGCACAGAUGAACGAGCUGCAGGCUUUGCAAUCUGUCUAUCCGAACGAGCUCGUAGUUGCAGAUUAUGGAGUUUUGGCUGACAUCAACGAAUACAUCGUAUGUCCUAAUCGAGAAUCACCGCGAUGGUUGGAGUACGCUAUCGCGAUUCCAUUGAACGGUGAGAAUAUUGAAUUGCUAGUCAACCUGCCAACUAAUUAUCCCCAAGAGCAGCCUGACAUAUAUGCAAGAAGUUCUCGCUUGGAUAGAACACAGCAGUGUCUACUGAAUAAGAAGCUCUCUAUUAUAAUUAAAGCUCAGGAACCAGGAGAGCCCUGCAUCUAUACAUUAAUAUCAUGGCUGCAGGACAAUGCGGAAACUUAUUUCAAAGCUUCUGUGUGUAACCAAUCAGUUAAAUGUAAUGACACAAGUAAAACCAACGCAGAAGAGACGCAGACUGCAGUGAUUUUCUCCAGAUAUUGGAUUUAUAGUCAUCACAUAUACAGCAAAUUCAAACGACGUGAUGUAGCGAAUUUGGCAAAGGAGAAUUCCAUCACGGGAUUUUGCUUAGCUGGCAAACCAGGAAUCAUUUGCAUGGAGGGAAGUCUAGAAGAUUGUGACUAUUGCUGGCAAAAAAUUAAAACUAUGAACUGGCAUAGGAUAUUAAUAAAACUAUUGGAAAAAGAGGAAGAUUGUAAUGUGGACAGUAUGCGUAGAUUUACAGAUUUUCAAGAGGUCUCUUUUCCUACCACUGAACGUCACAAUAAUAUGGGUCAACUUCUCAAAUAUCUAACAGACCACAAUUGCCAGCAUGCAUUUAAGGAGCUUUUUGGUAUCGAAGGAAAAUUCAGUAAAUUCUCAGAUUAAAAUAAUUAUAUAAAAGUAAGAAUAUCAAUAUUAAAGAUGCAUUUUGUACAGUUUCUUUCAAUUAAAUCAUUUUUCAAGUAUA